AUGAAUUCCACGCCACACAUCAUCAAUUUCCACGCCACACAUCAUGAAUUUUUCCACGCCGCUUUUUAUUAUACAUUGGGCAAUAUACGCCCAGAACACCGGUCUCACCUCAAUUCCAUUCAACUACUUGGACUAGUGUCUAGUAAGCAUCUCAAGAUAUAUGAUGUGGAACCUGUGCUAAGAGCAUUUCUUAGAGACCUUCAAAAAUUAGAACAGGUUGGUGGCUAUGAGUUUAUAAUAAAUAAUCAGCGAAGAUGCUUUGCAGGAACAAUUGCAUUUAUAUCUGGAGAUAAUCUUGGUUCACAAUAUCUUGGUGGGUUUAAGCAAGGAUCACAGUCUUACAGAAAAUGCAGAGUCUGUAUGGGAAAUGCUACAGAAAUAACUGAAAUGUUUCAUGAGGAUGACUUUGUUUUGCGAACAGUGCAAGGUUACAAUGAGCAGUGUCAAAAACUGGACCAAGGAGAGCAUUUCAAAAAAACUUAUGGCCUGAAUCAGUUUUCUUUACUUAACAACUCAAAGUACUAUCAUGUCAUUGGAGGACUCCCCCCAGAUGCUAUGCAUGAUAUACUGGAAGAAGUAGAUGAUCAGCACUGGGGGUUACUCUGUACCUUACUUCAAAUUGUUCGUAUAAGUUUUACUCCAAUUGUGAGCAGAGAGCAAGUUUCAUAUCUUCAAAUACUCAUUCAAAAGUUAUUACAAAAUUUUAAAGAAUUGUUUCCAGAAUGCAGUAUCAUUCCAAAGAUGCACUACAUGGUUCAUAUGCCAAGAGCAAUACUUCAAUUUGGGCCUCUUGUGCGAAGUUUGUGCAUGCGCUACGAAGCAAAACACCAUUACUUUAAGAGGUUGGCAAUAGUGAUUGGUAAUUUUAUAAAGCUACCAUACUCGUUGGCAAAGAGGCACCAAGAAGGAGUUUGUUAUCGCCUACAGUCUGCUGAAGGUGGAAAUAGCACGUUUAUUUGCAAAGGCACUGAAAUUGGGCCAGGUAAAACAUUAUAUGUUGGUGAUGUUGAAGAGAGUGGGCUCAUUCGAACAGAAUCUCCUGAAGUGAACAGACAAACACCAUUGUAUAGUACCAAAUGGAUUACUAUCAAUGGAACAAAAUAUAAAGUAGGAGCUACUGUCCACAUUGGUUAUGAUUAUGUUGAAUUUCCCCAGUUUUGGGAAGUUAUUGGUAUUUAUAUCAUUAACCAAAAUGUUGCAACUGCCAUGUUUGUUGUUUCAAGAAAACAGACUGUCAGGUUUUCUGAACAUUAUCAGGCUUAUGAAGUUGCUCAGUCAAAACAGAAGGAAAUUAAAAUUAAAUAUUUUAAAGAGUUAACCUCAAAUUUGCCAUUUAACUUGAUAAAGCCAUUUGGGUGUAACACAAAAUACAUUUGCCAUAGAUAUGAAAUAGAUGUAGAAUAA